AUGGCUCAAGAACCCAUAAUCCACGAGAUCUUUGAACCAGUCACAGGCACGUGGCAGUACAUCGUAGCAGACCCUUCAACCAAAGCCGCAGUGAUCAUCGACUCCGUCCUGGAUUUUGAUCCAGCAAAGAACGCCAUCUCUACACAAACAGCCGACGGCCUUCUCGACGUGGUAAAAGAGAAUGGCUACAAUGUUGUCAAUAUCCUAGAGACACACGUCCACGCCGACCACUUGACGGCAUCCAAGUAUUUACAGUCUCGGCUGCGGGAGGCACAGGACGGCGCCGCCCCCAAGAUCUGUAUCGGCAGGCGGAUCGGGGUCGUGCAGGAGAGGUUCGCUGAGAAGUAUGGCAUCUCCAAAGACGAAUACGCCAAUGCCUUUGACCGACUGCUCGACGACGACGAAGUCUUCGAGAUUGGAGACCUCAGGGCCAAGGCCAUUCACCUGCCGGGCCAUACCCCCGACCAUAUGGGCUACAUGAUCGGAGCAAACGUCUUUGCGGGCGACUCCCUCUUCAAUCACGAUGUCGGGUCCGCGCGAUGCGACUUCCCCGGCGGCAACGCCAGGGACCUCUUUGCGUCAGUACGCCGGCUGCUAGAUCUGCCAGAGACCACCAAGAUCUGGACGGGUCAUGAUUACCCGCCGGCCAACCGCGGACCCCUGGCGGCAACGGAGGUGUCGAAGCAAAAGACGGAGAACAAGCACCUCGCGCAGAACGUGACGGAGGAGGACUUUGUCAAGUGGCGCGAGGAGAGGGACUCGGGGCUCGGGGAGCCUAGGCUCAUGCACUGGGCGCUGCAGGUCAACGUGAGGGCUGGAAACAUGCCGAGCCCCACCAAGGCUGGAGAUCGGUUGUUGCAUGUGCCUGUCAAGAUGCAGGGCACCUGGCGUGGCCCCCGUUUCACUGAAUUUGCGACACUGCAUUGGAUAUCUACAGUAUCAGUGCCGGUAUAUUGCAUUUAUACCAUGCCUCACUCUAUCACCGUCAAAAAGGUCGAGGGGAAGCCCGGAAAGGUGUACUAUCCCCUCCAACUCAAUGAAGUCCCAAAGCCGACCCCGGGGCCCAAGGAUGUCUUGGUGCGAUUAACGGCCGCUGCUCUCAACCACCGCGAUCUCUUCAUCAGACGUCACCUUUACCCAGGCAUCUCAUUUGACCACCCUCUCAUGGCAGACGGAUACGGCAUCGUAGUCGAAGUCGGAAAGGACGCAGACAGAAGCCUUCUCAAUAAGCCAGUUCUCAUCACACCCAGCCGCGGCUGGGCCUCGAGCCCAGACGGACCAGAAGACAUUCGCAAAUUCAGUGUCAUCGGCGCCACCCAGACGUAUCCGGACGGCACCGCGCAAGAUUACCUCGCCCUGCCCCAAGACGAGGUCGAGCUGGCCCCGGAGCACCUCACACCCGCCGAGGGCGCCGCCCUACCCCUCGUCGGGCUCACGGGCUGGCGUGCGCUCGUGACGAAGAGCGGAAACGCGGAGAAGGGCAGAAACAUCCUCGUCACGGGCAUCGGUGGCGGCGUGGCGCUCCAGGUCCUCCAGUUCGCCGUCGCGUUCGGCUGCAACGUCUACGUCACCUCUGGCGACGAGGCCAAGAUUGAAAAGGCCAAGAGCAUGGGCGCCGCUGGGGGCGUAAACUACAAGAAGAAGGGGUGGGAAAAGGAGCUGCAGGCCCAGCUGCCCAAGUCGCGACCGUACCUCGACGCCGUGGUCGACGGUGCCGGCGGGGAGAUUGUGGGAAAGGCGGUGAAGGUGCUCAAGCCCGGCGGUGUCAUUAGCCAGUACGGCAUGACGGUGUCGCCGCAGAUGGACUGGCUGAUGCAGGCUGUCCUCAAGAACGUGGAGCUCAAGGGCACGACUAUGGGUUCGCGAGAGGAGUUUAGGGACAUGGUUGCCUUUGUGAGGGAGAAGAAGAUUAAGCCUGUUGUCAGCCGAACGGUCAAGGGCCUGACGAACUUGGAGGGCAUUGAUGGGCUUUUCAAGGAUAUGGAAGCGGGCAAGCAGUUUGGCAAACUUGUGGUUGAGUUUGAGGAGCCCUCUGCGUCGCCUAAGCUGUAA